AUGACCAUCGUGGGGAGUCAUCCAAUACUGCUCGCAGACGGCCGUCGAUUGGCAACUGCCCGAAGCGGAUCCGGAAGCACAACAGUCAUCGCCGCAUCUGGCCUCGGCAAGAGCAAGGAAGAUUGGCAACACCUCGCACCCCACAUCGAAAACGACGCCACUCUCAUUGCCUACGAUCGCGCCGGACACGGCUCCAGCGAUCCACGAACCACACCCUACGACCUCAACGGAAUGGCCGACGACCUCCUCCAACUCGUCCAAUCAGUCGAAGGCCCCGUCGUCCUGGUCGGCCAUUCCUACGGCGGCCCACUAGUUCGACGAGCAGCGGAAUCUCUGCCAUCGGAAAAGGUGAAAGGUGUAGUUCUCGUAGACGAAUCCGUGGAGCGCCUCGCUCAAUCGGCUCCGUGGAUCAGCCGAGCGAGUGUUUCACUGAAAUACUCUCGCCGCGUUAUCGCCGCGGCAUUCUCCCGUCCAGGAAAUGGCGAGCGACACCCCGUUCACGCAGCGCGGACAGCUCUCCGCGAGGCACGAGAGUUCCUGCCAAGCCUCGCUGACUUGUCACUGCGAUCACCGGACCUAUCUGGCGUACCGGCGACAACGAUUUCAGCUAAGCGGAGUGACCUCACUCUCCUGCGUGAGCAUGAAGCUGCCAUCGCAUCAGCAGAGUCACCGCGCACAGUGAUCGCGGACUCCGACUCGCAUUAUCUUCACCACGUCUCACCUGAGUUGGUGGCCGACGAAAUCCGCCGAUACCUU